GUGAGGAUGCCGGGGCUCGGUGGAUGCCGGGGGGGCGCUGAGGGUGCCGGGGAGCGGCGGGGCGGGGCGGCCCCGGCUGCUCGCCGAGCUCCCCGAGCGCCCGCCGAGCGCGCCGCCCUCGCCCGCUGAUGCAAUCCGAGCCCGGCAGCGGCGGCAGCAGCAGCAGCGAUCCGAGCCUCAGCGGCACCGGCAGCAGCAGCGAUCCGAGCCUCAGCAGCAGCAGCCCCGGCCGGCCCCGGUCCCGCGCAGCGCCGCUCUGUCGCCCCCCGGGCUCGGCGAUCCCGCUCCAUCCCGCCCGGAGCCCCGCAGGAACAUCUCCGCCUCCCGCCAGCAUGAUCAAGGGCUGCCAGAAUGAGCACACAGGUGAAACAGGAAAGCAGAUGACUGAAUCUUUCAAGGCUUCCGACUUGAUUAUCACCCCAGCUACAACAUUCAAGGAGAAGCCAGACCCCACUGGUCUGGUGUUUGGAACUGUGUUCACUGAUAACAUGCUGACAAUUGAAUGGUCCUUGGAUUCAGGAUGGGAGAAACCCUGUAUCAGGCCUCUGGAGAACCUCUCCUUACAUCCAGCCUCCUCAGCCCUGCAUUAUGCUGUGGAACUCUUCGAGGGGAUGAAGGCGUAUCGAGGCGUGGACGGCAAAAUCCGCCUGUUCCGGCCGGCCCUCAACAUGGACAGGAUGGCACGGUCAGCCCUGAGGACAACCCUGCCAUCUUUUGACCAGAAGGAGCUGUUGGAGUGCAUCCGUAAGCUGGUGGAAGUGGAGCAGGAGUGGGUGCCCUACUCAACCUCUGCCAGCCUCUAUAUCCGUCCUACCCUCGUUGGAACUGAGCCUUCCCUUGGAGUGAAGAAGCCAACUAAAGCCCUGCUGUAUGUCAUUCUGAGCCCUGUGGGCCCUUACUUUGCAAGUGGAAGCUUUAAUCCAAUAUCCUUAUGGGCAGAUCCAAAAUACGUGAGAGCCUGGAAAGGGGGAACAGGAGACUGCAAAGUGGGAGGGAAUUAUGGUUCUGCUAUUUAUGCCCAGCAAGAAGCCCUGGAGUUUGGCUGCCAGCAGGUUUUGUGGCUCUAUGGAGAAGAUCACCAAAUAACUGAAGUUGGAACAAUGAAUCUGUUUCUCUACUGGAUAAAUGAAGAUGGAGAAAAUGAGCUGGCAACGCCACCUUUAGAUGGCAUCAUCCUUCCAGGAGUGACAAGGCAGAGCAUUUUGGAUCUGGCACGCAGCUGGGGAGAAUUCAAAGUGUCUGAGCGAUACAUCACCAUGAGUGACCUGACAGCUGCCUUGGAAGAGAACAGAGUAAAGGAGAUGUUUGGUGCUGGAACAGCUUGCAUUGUAUGUCCCAUCUCUAAAAUUUUAUAUAAGGGCAAGCACUUGCACAUCCCAACUAUGGAGAAUGGGCCUGAGGUAACAACCCGUUUCCUGAAUAAGCUAACUGAUAUCCAGUAUGGAAGAGAAGACAGCGACUGGGCAGUGCUGGUGUCGUGAGGGUGGCAGAGUUCAGAGCCUCCAGACAGACCUGACAUCUGAACAGUGACAAAUUCUGUAGCUGCCAGUGCAUAAUCCCAGUAUCAAUUUUCUCCCCAGGAUGAUUGUUUCCACAAUCUGGCAAACGUGAACACAAUCAUUUUGAUUUCUACUGUAAUCCUCUUGGUAGAAGCCUGUCUUCUUGGUAGAGGUGCUAAAUGUUAGCAAUAGAACUUUCCCAAUGGUUUUCUUAGUGCCUCCUUAUAUAGAGUCUGGAAAUUUGUAAAAUGCUCUUCAACUGCUCUUCAGUUUGGUUUGUUUACUGCCUCCACCAACAGCACGUGUGUCACAGGAGGAUGUGGCCUGUUAGCUGCCCACAGGGUUCUGUUGGCAUUGUUCUGCCUUUUGCUCUGGGUUUGGGAAACAAAUUUAGCCAUACACUCCAUCCUUUCAUACUCUGCUGGUAUGGGAGAUUCCUGAGUUGCAUAGCCUGGUAGGUGCCCUCAUACUCUGUCCAGUAACUCUGGCCUUUAGCCCAAAAUUCUCUGGGUCGGUGUAGCCUGCAGGAUGGUCCCUGUGGGCCUGUUGCCCUUCCCUCCCUGGGGAUUUGCAGUGGCUGCUUGGGCAGUGUGUUCCUGUCUAAGAGCUCAGUGCAUCCUUCUGGACAAGAUCCAAAAGGCUGUGUCAGGCUUUUCAAAAUGAGAUGAAGUUCCCCUCUGGCCUAGCAGGGCUGGGCUCUGCAGACACGCUGUUGCCUUCCAGGUGAGGUCUGGAAAGUGAGAUUAGACAACUUUGGCUGUGAAAAUAGAGCCAUUCUUCACAGCAACCAAACCUUUGGAUUGAGGAGUUUCUUUCAUCACCCACUCACAUAAUUUAGAUCAGAAAAAUGUUGUCCCUUUCCCAUACUUGCUGUGUCCAGCCUCCUUUGACACGUGUGCUGUGGAGGGGCCUUCCUGUUAAGGAACAAGCAGGGUUGUCAGCAGAAAAUGUCUGGAAGGAAAGGGCUUUGGUUCAAGCCCUGAUUUCAUUCUGGUUAAGCAGAUAAUCCAUAGAAUGCUGCUUUCCCACAUGCAGUCCUGGUUCUUUGGAAGCAAUACAGAGCAUGUAGCUGGGGAAGUAACUUCUGCAAAUGUUCCCUGACGACCAUCCUGUAAUAUUUAUUAGCUUUCUCCUUCUGCACACAGCUUUGUUGAACAGCUUUAAGAUACCUCUUGCCAAAAAGGAUAACCAUAUUCUGUAUCCAUGUUCCAAAGUGCUACUUCAGUAUAAAACUGGUGGAACUUUAUUAACACUUUAUUGGAGUCCUAUAAGAAGUAAAAGUGAAACAUUUCUUGUUCUAGUUUGCAGUAGAGAUGCACCAGUAUUAAGGGAAACAUUUAGCACUUUAAUUUUUUUAAGACCAACAGUAUCUCUCCCAUGCUUAAUAAGUCUUUUGUAGUUACUGGCAUUUGUUAACACAGCUUAAAAACGCAAAAUAUAAUUUCUAGUGGACCAUCCAUGCCUUAUGCAGCUGUUAAAGAGCAGCCUUAUGGCUUCCUGUUCACUUUUGGUCACCUUUUGAAGACCCCUCCUUAGCCAUCACUUUGUUCUGCUCCCUCAGAUGAUUUUUCCUGUCUUUGACUGCAGUCCAGUCUGAUCUUUUAAUGAAGAACAGUUGAAGGUUCUCUCUGACAAUGUAACUAUCACUAAAAAUUGAUGGAUAAUUUUUUCUUUAGUCUACAACUGCAAACACAAAAUGUUGUUUCACUCACGGUAGCCAUAGUGUUGUGACCAUUUGAAUUUGUAUCCUGUGCUGGUCUUUGUUCAGUAUCUUACUAUGUGUUAUAAGCUGCUGGUAGUCUUUCCUUUUAUUUAAUUAGUCGUAUUUCCUUUUUUUUAAUUAGAUGGCUGGAAAUAUAAACAUGGGGAAUAUGUCAAGGUGCAGCAUGGGGUAGAGACCAGUACUGAAAUUCAAGAGUGCCUUUAACCAGAGUGUGGAGUGGAGCUCUGUAAAGAUUUGUAAUGAGCAACCAUUUGUGGCUUACUGGUACUGAACAAUCUAUUCUUUCCCUUAAGUUCAUCUUUGCUUUAGCAGCAAAUGGAAAAGUGAAGAUAUCUAAGUUCAGGUGCAUGGUGAAGUGGUGGUGCAACACUGAACAUCUCAGCUGUGACAGAGCUGAUAAAUUAUUCCAUAUAUCAAAAAUCCCCAUGGAGGCCUCGGUGUACCAGCAGCAAUCUGUUCACUAGGCAGAAGGAAUAAGGACCAGGCAGAAGAAUUACUUUUACUGAAAUGUAAGCCUGGAAGUUGUUAAAUUGUUACAUUGGGUAAGCUGUUAAAUUGGUUGCAAGUCAUUUACCAUGAACCACCUGGUUUCAUUUGUUGUGUUUUGCACUGCUUCCUGCACUGACCAGAGAGACACCUCCCUUUUUUCUGCUGAUGGACACUCAAAAUGGGGAGAUUUGAUAGUGGAAUGACCCACAGAAGUGAGUGGUCUUUUCUCCCAGGCAAGAAUGAAAACGUGGAGUGUGUGUAUGUAAAUUGUUGUCUUUCACAUCUUGGUUAAUUGCCUUGCUCUCUGUGUCAGCUCGAGGCUGUGCUUGUUUCCAAGUGGAAUCCAGGUGAAUAGGUUUUAGGUUUUAAAUUUUGAAACCUAAAGAAGAGAGCUGACAGGUCAUUAUAGUACAGGAAAUUCUUCUGAUAUUGCAUGCUGUCCUACUCUGAAUUCUGGUAGUGCAUUUUAUCCCAUUAACAAGAGGAAAGAAAUAACAUGUGUAAAUAACAAUCAGUAUUUGAUACUGCAUUCUCCUUGUUUUCACUUGUAAAAUUUAGGAGGGAGCUGUGGUAUUCCCUGAGCUGGUAACAGAUUGUAAAAGAACAUCUGCACAUCUUUUCUCCAUGUGCCCUAUUUGUUUAAUUGCAACAGAUUUACAUAGAAAGAGUAUGGUACAUCAUAACUAGGCAGUUAUCCAUUCUUCAUCACUUAGUUAUGGUUCUGGUAAUUGAUCAUUUAAGACAUAAGAUAGUCUAACAUUAGGAAAAUUUGAAACUGUUCAAAAAAAGAUCAACAAAUUAAUAUUGUUGUGUGAUAUUUGCAUAAUUGGCUGCAAUUAUUUAAUGUUUAAUUGAGUUGAUCACAUGAGAUUCAGCCUUUCACAUGCUUAUGUUGUACAAACACUGGUACUUUAAAAUGAUAAUAAUGAAAUCUAAUUUUCAUACGUUGUUUCUUCUUCUCUGCAUUCUUUUGAUUAUUAUUUUCAGUAUUGAGAGUGUCCUUAAUUUUCAGUUUGGUUAGCAUGAUUCAUGACUAGGAAAAAAGUCCUUAAAAUAACAGAAUUUUCAUGAAACUGGCAUUUCAUACAAGCUGCUCUGGUGCCAAGAAUUAUGGCUUCAGCAACUGGCAUUACUUAAACAGAUUGUUAACUGCAGUGAGGGCAAAUUUACUGGGAAUUGGCAAGGACAGAGCCAGGUGAGGAUGCUGAUAAAGGUUCCUGGGGUAGAUAAUCUGUUCAGUCCAUAGCAGGGCAAAGCAAAUAGGAUUUUUCUGGAGUAUAGAAGGGAAGACUGAUAAGACAAAGGCAAGGUGGUGAGAUCUCUGUGCCCAGCCAUUGUUCACACCUGUUCAGCUAUCUCAAGCCAAAAAGCAGUUACCAGCCAGCCCUCCUCUUUGUACAUAACCUCUUGUUUGGGUUUGCCUAAUUCAGCACAGACAUACCAUAGACCCUUUCCUUUUAUUUUUAUUAUUUAUCCUCAGGCACGAAGAAUGGUAAUUUGGAAAAAUGCGAUGACUUGAAAGUCAUUUGGAGUGCGAGUUAUUUGAAAUGUCUGUCUUCCAAGAGGUAGACAGAAAAAACCAGCUGGGUCUGAUCUCAGAGCUGCUUAAUUAGAGGAGGAACCCUCUUGAAUUCAGCUCUCCAAAACAACGUGCAUGGUCCCAGCAGGUUGCUGGGUUGAGCUGUCAGUGCCUUGCUCUGGAGCAGAGCACAGGGGCGUGCAGAGCUGCUGGCUCAGCCUGGCAGGCUGUGCUACACUGCUUUUUUCUGCUGAGGGUGAGUUUCAGAGUUCUGGAGGCAGGCUGCUGUCCUGUAAAUGUGGCUGAGAUCAUUGUUGCCCCUGUUCCUUGCUGUCUUUUCCUCCCUUUCACAAAGACUUGCACCCCUUUUUCCCCAGCCUGCUAUUGUCUCAUACCUAAAAGGGGCUAUUUAAGCAAUUUUGCAUUCUUCUUGCUUUUAGCAGAAGUGACAGUUUAAAAGUAAACAACAAAAAAAGUAGGUUUUUUGUCAUAUUCCAGCUGUUGAAGGAUCAGAAUUGUGCUUUACCACCAGGACAUGUAAUCCCUGGACAGACUGCCACUGACUUUGUGACCCUGGACAAGUUACCUAAACUAUUUCUGACUGCAGUAGCACUGCCACUUACACCACUUCUAACUCUAAUCCAGACUUCUGCUUAAAAACUUACUUUGUUACAGAUGAAAUUAAGCUUUUCAGAAAAAGCUUUUUAAGCAACAAGAAGUGUGCCAUGUAAAGUCCAGUAUUUCAAGGAUUACAUUAGAAUAGACUAACUUGGUCAUGCAAGGAAAAAUGUUACUUAAAUGAGAAAUAUAUUCAUGAUUUGCUGCAUAAACCCAUAGAUGUGUAAGAAACAUAGUUCAUAAUGUAAAAAUUAGUAUACAGAAUGAUCUUGACAAGAGAAUUUCAUCUCAGACUGGGCUGUCCUGUUAGGAAAGUGAUGCUUGAAGGAAUCAUGACACCUCUCAAUGUAAAGUCCUGAGCAUGGGGCUGUCGUAGAGGUGCACUUGGUCAUGUAGCACUGGGACAGACCUCUUUAUCCAUCUUGACCAAAAAUUUGCUGAACUGCAAUGCUUAUCAACUUGGAAGCAUGAAAAGCCUGUGUUUUACUGUAUUUUGACUCUAACCUCAAGAUUUUGAACAAUAAUUAAUAGGUCCUAAAUAAUUUAAGCUCAAAAACUUCUUAAUAAGUUAUUUGUAUUUUUAGCCAUAAGAGCAGAAGAGAAUACUGGCAUUGCAUUGGUGAAAAAUAUUGUUGUAGCAGUCCUCCUGUCCAUGCCUUGCUGUGAGCAUGAUUCUUAUUUAUAGGAAUUCCAGAGUAUUUUCUCUGUGCAAAAUCUGAGUGCCAUCUAUAGUAAAUAUAUAUAUAUUGGCAAAUAUAUCCCCAGCUCCAUAAACAAAACUGACUUUGCCAUUACCUUGAGCUAGAACAUGGGGACUUAGCAGGAGGAGCAAAACUGAAUUACAACAAUAAAUAGAUUUGAAAUAAGAUUAGUCAGAUUUGGAAUUAGUAGCUCAGAUACUAACAGAAGUCUUAUCAAUUAUACUAGCAAGGCUAACUUAAAUAUACUAAAACACUAUUUUGGGCACUCCCAAAUAUACUAAAAAAUAAUGGUAAUUAUAUUCACCAGUAGUAACAGCAGUUCUCUCUGAACAUGAAUUUAUACUCUUAGCUUAUCUUAAAAUUUAAUUUAUCAUAUCUGAUUUUUAGCACAAUCCUGCAUUUUCGUGCCAUGCUUUACAAAAAUAAAAGAGUCAUGAGAAGAUCUUAAGGAAGAUUUACGACCUUGAUUUAAAAUUUUAAAGGCUUUAAAAUACCUGCUGGGUAAAGUUAAGGUAGAAACAGGGAAGACAACUUUGUGCAAGCAUUUGAUUCGUGUUCCAAAUGGUUUACCAGCACUGGCCAUUUUAGGUUUUUACCAAAGAGGUAUGCAGGGAAUAGUUGAUAAAAAAAGCUUAUUGUUUGUUUUUCUAAGCAAGAGUUGGGGGAGUUCCUAAGAGCUGGUUCUCUUAACGCUAACUCUGUGUAGUUCCUGAUUCUGUCACGCUUGGAGCAGACAUUUCAGGGGGAGGUGGAGGAGCUCAGAAGCUUUUCUCAGGCAGUACUGUCUAGCAGAAACAGAUUUUCUGUCCUUUUGCGGUCAAAGUGAUCGAGGUAUGAACGUGGACUCUUUUAAACUUUGCACCUUUUUAUAAAAAAUUCGUUUUUCAUUUUAGAGUUCUGAUACAGUGUUGCUGAACUGCUGUCUUACACUAUCACAUUGCAGUAGCUUAUAGGAAGAAAGCAAACAUUCUUAUUCUUCCUGUAAUCACCUUCUUUGUGUAUUGGUCACUGUGAUUUGGUCACCACUAGAAUUGUGAUUAUUUUGGCUGAAAGAACUGCACCCUGCUUGUGCUAAAGUGAGUGCUGGCAGGAGAGGCCAGGGCAGUGAGUGGACAUCUGCUGUGUCAGGAAGAGGCAUGGCAGGAGCAGCAGUGGAAAUGAAAAUAAAUACCCAUCAGGUCAGUGAGGCAGGAGGUCAGCAGCACAUCACAUCCAACAUCACUCCUGUUCAGUCCCCUGAGGGAUCACCACAGGUCUGGCAGGAUCAGAGGCUGAUGUUGGUAUUUAAGUUGGUGUUAAUGCUCUUCACUUGCUUAAACACCUCCAUCUGUGCCUACAUUUUCGACUUGGGCCCCUGUAUCUUCACUGAAAGCUGCAUUACUUUUGUUUGUUGUAAAACAGCGGGAUAUUUGGUCAAACAGCUGAUGCUGCACACCAUCUAACAGGUCACUGAUGUAUUCUCUUCCCAUCAUUUGUAUUAAGCCCAGUGGUGGACUAGAGCUGCAGGCAGGAGACAGACACAUCACUAACGCUGUUUCAUAGUCCAGAAUGUUCACAGAGGGUGGAUCUGCCCCCUUUGUCCCCUGGGACAUGCCUUGGACCCACCUUGGCCACCGAGUGACAAGGUGCAGAAGGUUCUUUGCCGUAAUGGAGACAAGUUACAGUUUCAUCUGAAGCUAUUGACAGACAGUUUCUGUUGGAAAGCCAGAAGUCCCGAUCCACUUGACCCUUGAGGCAUUUAGAAGGGUGCAGUGGUGGUUACUGAAAUUGCAGUGGGAAAUUAGCAACUUAGGGAGGGAGAAGUAAACACCUCUGAAGGGUUUCUGUUUUCUCAAAUGCUGAAAGUUAACUGGGUAUUUUACUAGAAUCUGAAGCAUAUAAAAGCAGUAAAGGACAGAUGUGUGAAAAAGUACUGGAUAAACUAAAGGAAACUCUACCUCAUUCUUCUCUAAAGGUUUUUAGAAGCACAAUUAACAACUCCUAAUGGCAUUGUGACGUAGCGACCAUCUGGCACGAAAGAAGCACUAUAUUUGUACGUCUGUACAUCCUGUAAGAACUGUGUUUUGCUGGCAGUAGAAACAGUCUAUACUAUUUGCAGUUUUCCUUCAUCAAAUCUCUAUUCAAAUGUUCUGUAUUCAAUGUUUCUGUCUCCAAUAAAGGAAUUGAAUUGGCA